CUCAAGUGCAAAGAAAAAUAAAAAUUAUAAAUAAAAGUGCUACCAAGAAAAACUUGAAAAAUAAUAUUAAAAAAAAGAGAAACCCGUACCCAUAACGGUGCAGACAACAGAAAAUACCCAGUGAAAAUUCAGAAAAGCGUUGACCAUUUUUUCUCGCAAAGGCGCCACGUCCAAGAGCAAAUCGUUCCAUAUGGUUCAUAUUAUUGAAUUGGUCGGCCAGCCGAAGGUUGAGUUUGCUCAACAAGUUACUGUAAGUUGCCAUCAUCCAUUAAUACCACCAGCCAUCAAAUUAAUGAACCGUGCUUUACAGCUGAAGCCAGCUGAAAAUGAAAGUCGCAGCGAGCAUCUAGAUCGCAAACUCUUCGUUGGCAUGCUCAGCAAACAACAGACCGAAGACGAUGUUAGACAAAUCUUCCACCCGUUUGGCUCUAUAGAGGAGUGCACCAUAUUGCGGGGCCCGGACGGUACGAGCAAAGGCUGCGCUUUUGUCAAAUUCGGCACGCAACAGGAGGCUCAGUCAGCAAUAGCCAAUCUACACGGAAGUCAAACUAUGCCGGGUGCAUCCUCCAGCCUGGUCGUCAAAUACGCCGACACAGAGAAGGAACGACAAAUCAGGCGCAUGCAACAAAUGGCCGGCCAUAUGAACCUGCUGAAUCCGUUUGUCUUUAAUCAGUUCAGUCCGUACGGCGCCUACGCUCAGCAACAACAGCAAGCAGCUCUGAUGGCAGCCGCUGCCACGGCGCCUGGAUCGGCAGCCGCCUACAUGAACCCCAUGGCCGCCCUGGCGACGCAAAUACCUCAUGGCCUCAACGGCACCGGACAGCCGCCUUCUUUGCCCUCGCCGACAAUGCCCAACUUCAGCAUGGGCGCCAACACGCCCAACGGCCAGCCCGGCGGAGCUGCCGCGGCCGCAGCAGCUGCUGCAGCGGACGGGGUCUUCACGAACGGCAUUCCACAAACUGCAUUCCCAGGCCAUCCGCUGCAUUUGACUAUACCACCACAAGGUCUGCCAAACGGCGAUGCUGCUACUCUGCAACAUGCCUUCCCUGGUCUGCCACCAUUUCCAGGAGUUGCCUUCCCCGCCGUCUAUGGACAGUUUCCACAAGCUUUACCACCUCCCCUAGCGGCGGUUGCACCCACUCAGCGUGAAGAUUUUCUGAUGUUCCCAGGAUGCUCGAUAUCCGGCCCAGAGGGUUGCAAUCUCUUCAUCUACCAUUUGCCCCAAGAGUUUGGCGAUGCGGAAUUAAUGCAAAUGUUCCUACCCUUUGGCAAUGUGAUCAGCUCUAAGGUCUUCAUCGAUCGUGCUACAAACCAGAGCAAAUGCUUCGGUUUUGUGUCCUUCGAUAACCCCGCCAGCGCUCAAGCGGCCAUUCAGGCCAUGAAUGGCUUCCAGAUUGGCAUGAAAAGACUGAAAGUUCAAUUGAAGCGGCCAAAGGAUGCCAGUCGACCCUAUUAACAAUCGGAGUUCCUUAAGUG